CUCUACGAAGUGUGUUAUUUGUAAACGGUGCCUAAGGUUUACCCACCGGAGUUAGCGAGCUAGCUCAGCCUGUUACUGCUAAAAUGGAAGCGCUGAUCAGCGGCACAGCGGCCAAUAUCAAAGAAGAUGGUAUGGAUAACUCUGACAGAACUGGGAAUGGCUCAGGUGAAGAGGAAGAGAACAGAGGAAGAAAAACUGAGAACGUGAAGGUUGAUGACAUGGAGAAACACAAAAGAAAGAAACAUAAACACCAUAGAAAGCACAAAUGUUCAUCGUUAGAGGAAAAAGAACACAGACACAAGCACAGACACAAGCAUAAAAAACACAAAUGCCAGGAUGAUGGAGACUGUUUUGAAGAGGAGGAUGAUGCAGACCUUAUCUCAAUUAAGAGGUCCAGACUGGAUGACAUGGCAGCUUUGGAGGAUUUAGAGAAGCAGAGGGCCAUGAUCCAAGCAGAGCUUGAUAAUGAGCUGCUGGACGGGAGGGUGCACUCAGGAAUGGGCUUGAUACUGCAGGGAUAUAACUCAGGCUCAGAUGAGGAUGGGGAAAUGCCAGAAGGGACAUGUAAUGGAGAUCAGCUUAGGGACAUUGUUAAAGAGCCACAUAAGUCAAAGAGCCAUCCAUCUGCUGAAGAAGCUGAAAGACUUGAUUCCUGGACUCAAAGUAGAAGCAGAUCCAAGGAGAUGCCUACCAAAAAUCGGCAUAAAUCAGACAAAAGAAAGAGCAGAACUGAGCCAACUUUUGAGACCAAGGAGAGAAUGCCAGGUCCAGGUCCAUCCUUUGACAGGAGGCCUUCCAGAAGUAUUCAGCAGCCCAGGUCUCCUGUAACAUCAAGAAAGCAACAAUCUACAUACAAGACUCAGCAUUCUCUCUCUGCUGAGACUGAGCAGGAAAAUAAAAAGGAGUCUUCACCUACAGUUCCACAGCCAGGCACACAAAGUGCUGAUUAUUCCAAAUCACCUGAGAGGAUGAGGCGAUCUAGAUCCAAAGACAGACAUAGCAGACAGCCUGAGUCUGACCGCAGGCAGGACAGGGACAAGACAAUGGUUAAGUCUCCAUCUAAGGAAAUCUUCUCAGGCAAGGAAAACAGGUCUCCCAGUGGAAAGCGUGACCAAAGUCCAGCAUGGCUUACAUCCUCUAAUAGGACCAGGGAACAUCAUGCCCCUCAGCAGCUUUCCCGGAACCCGACUGGUGACAGAGAGUCCAAGCAAAGCCGCUCUGACCCCCGUAACAGAUCUCCAUCCAAAAGGGCUCGAUCUCGCUCCAUAGAGAGAAGACAAAGAGAUUCUGACCGCCAGAGACCAUCUCCUGUCAGUGUCCGCUCCCAUGAGACAGGAGGUGGCAGAGGGCAGAGUCCUUCUCUAAGUACUCGACGAAGACGGAGCCGCUCCCCCCUAAUGUGCAGAUCCCGCUCCCCCAGGAGACACGCCAGCAGGUCCUCUCCUCCCAGAAGAAGAUCAGUGGAACGCGACAGAUUGGGCCUCAGGCAGCAUGCCCACUCAGGAUCUCAGGAGAGAAGGAGGAGAAGCAGAGAGAAGGAGGACAAGUUUAAGGGCAGUCUGUCUGAAGGCAUGAGAGCCGAACAGGAUGAUUCAGAUGAUGAAGUGCUGGAGGAUUAUGAUGUUGAUGAAGAGGAUGAGGAAGCCCUGAUUCAGCAGCAGAGACAGCAGCGAUUGGCGAUUGUGCGGAAAUAUAAGGAAACUAAGGAGGACAGCAUUAAGUCUGAACCUGGCAGUCCACAGAGUAGCCCCCGCAGCCGCUCACCCUCUCCGGACGAUGUCCUCGAACGUGUUGCAGCUGAUGUAAAGGCAUAUGAACAAGAAAACUUGGACACUUUUGAGGCCAACGUCAAGGCCAAACACAACCUGCUUACCCAGGAAAAAGAGGGAGCUAAUCUAAAGAAGCCCUCAGCGCCAGAUAUGUUUACUGAAUCGGAUGACAUGUUUGCAGCGUACUUUGACAGUGCAAGACUGCGAGCAGCAGGUGUUGGAAAGGACUUCAAGGAGAACCCAAAUCUCAAGGACAACUGGACAGAUGCAGAAGGAUAUUAUCGUGUGAACAUAGGAGAGGUGUUGGAAAAGCGGUACGACGUUUAUGGCUACACUGGGCAAGGUGUGUUCAGUAAUGUAAUCCGUGCAAGGGACUUGGCCAGGGCCAGUCAAGAGGUGGCUGUGAAGAUCAUACGCAACAAUGAGCUAAUGCAGAAGACAGGCCUGAAAGAGCUGGAAUUCCUAAAGAAGCUGAAUGACGCUGACCCUGAUGAUAAGUUUCACUGCCUGCGUCUUUUUAGACACUUCUACCAUAAACAGCACCUAUGCCUGGUGUUUGAGCCACUCAGUAUGAACCUGCGGGAGGUCCUAAAGAAGUACGGGAAAGACGUGGGGCUCCACAUUAAGGCAGUGCGCUCGUACAGCCAGCAGCUCUUCCUGGCCCUCAAACUACUCAAGCGCUGCAACAUCCUUCAUGCUGAUAUCAAACCCGACAACAUCCUGGUGAACGAGUCAAAAACUAUCCUCAAACUGUGUGACUUUGGUUCAGCUUCUCACGUUGCUGAUAAUGACAUCACACCCUACUUGGUCAGCCGGUUCUACAGAGCUCCUGAAAUCAUUAUUGGAAAGCCAUAUGACUACGCCAUAGACAUGUGGUCUGUGGGUUGCACGUUGUAUGAGUUAUACACAGGAAAAAUCCUUCUCCCUGGAAAAACCAACAACCACAUGCUUAAACUCGCUAUGGACCUUAAAGGAAAGAUGCCCAACAAGAUGAUCAGAAAAGGUUUGUUCAAGGACCAACACUUUGAUCAGAACUUGAACUUCUUGUAUACAGAGGUAGAUAAAGUCACUGAACGGGAAAAAGUCACAGUGAUGAGCAGUAUCAACCCCACUAAGGACCUUCUUAUCGAGAUGGUGGGCCGCCAGACACUACCAGAAGAUCAAAGGAAGAAGGUGGUUCAGCUCAAAGACCUUCUGGACCAGAUACUUGUGCUGGACCCCGCCAAGAGGAUUAGCAUUAACCAGGCCCUGCAGCACCCUUACAUCCAAGAGAGGAUUUGACCACAUCAUCCACAUGACCAAAGAGGGCACAUGGCACUAAGGACUGCAAUCUGCCAAGUGACGGUUUUGUAUCUGCAGACGUGACUCAAAAGGCAAAGAGACAUUUCCAUUGUUAAGUAAUGUUUUUCAUUGACGACCUGAACGGGUAGGCUAUCUCUGCUUUAUCUUAAAUUCAUUAUACCUUGCUGAAUAGUUUCACUUAAUGACCUGUAGGGAGUCUGGACUAGUUUGAAUUUAGUUUUUUAUUCUCCAUGCUCCUGCAGCUCACUGGCUUCUGUGGAUGUUGAAGGGCAGAUAUAUUCAAUAGAUAUAUUUGAUAGAAUUUUUCAGGGGAAAGUUGUGGUUAGGGCCACACAAGUGAUUGUAUCUGUAUGUGCACUAGCCUUCCAAGCCACCCCUUGUUCUGUACAGGAUGUUGUCAGGUCAGCAUAAAUGCUGUCUAUAUUCACAUCUCCCUCAGGUGUUAGAGCGAGAGUGCACUCUGGUGUGCGGGCCUGUAGGUGUGUGUCUGCUGAAAUUGGAGCUCCGAUCCCAUCGGCAGGGAAGGCAACUCUUUAAAGGCAGGUUGUGUGUUUCUCUCUUAGUACACUGAAGGUAAGCUCGCUCCCCUUCCCCAAAAUGCUGAUGUCUUUAUUUGGUGCCAAAUUGUUUCAGACAAAGGUCCUGAAACCCAAAACCCUCCUGUUCUGCAGUUCCUGCAUGUUCUAAACUGCAUAAUGAAUGGACAUCAGCCUAAAAUCUCUUGCCCUCUAUAUGCUGCUGUUUAUCAACACUGCUAUCACAAACCAGGUUUCCAUUCAAGCUUUUAGAAAAAUUAUGUGCAGUUACAAAAAUAUAAAUACACAGUACAUUACAAAUACAUUUCAGAUGGCAUUUGCUACUGUGAAAAUAUGGUAAUAUGGACAUAUUACGGACAUAUAAAAGAAUCUGAAUCUGAAUAUAAUAUAUUUUUUUAUAAUCAGGCAACACAAGCAGUUGCCCAUGUAAUGAGGAAUGAAAUCUCUGUGCCACCCAGACGAUAUCUACCAAGAAUGUGGGAGUACAAACACACCAGACAGUUCUGGGAGAGAAACAAAUAAAUCGGAACAAAUUUUCCGACUAGCUGUAUUAUUUACAUAUAUUUUAGUCCUAAUGUCUGAAUAUUCCUAAUAGUUAAGAGUUAAUUGCUAUUUAAGAGGGUAUAAUUACAUUAUUAUGGCAUUAUAUUAUCAAUAUAUCAGUGGACAUUAAUAUUAUUUAUAUCAUUUAUCUGUUGUUUUUCUUCUCCAUCUCUUUUUUUAUUUGUGUGUUUUUUCAUUUAGGAAUUCUAAUAUAAAUUUCCCAUAUUUGUAAAAACUUGGUGGAUUGGAAAAAGAAUGCAGAGCAAAAGUAAAAUUCUAAAUGCAAAUAAAAGCUCAUGCUCAUAUUAGCCUGAUCCAGGGGCAUGGAAGUUUGUAUCGGCACCUUCAGUGCACUGCCUGUGACAGUAAUUACACUGUUUAACGGUGUAGAGCCCUCUGAGCGGGUUCAUUGCUUUCCCUAGUGUUCUUUAAAGAUGUGCAUGUGUAUAUGAAAUGCUGCACUGUGUACUUUGUAUAAGCCCUACGUUGUGUCUUUCUGCUGUGGUCCUUAUGUUCUGACAUGUUGUCUUUUGAUACAGGCGUAUUCCUCAUCUGCUCUAUGAAUCUGCUUGUUUUGAGCGGUAAUUGCUUCUUUACUUCAUAUUGCUUUAUUGUUCAAAUCAAACAGAUAAAGACACAGAGACUAGCUCAUGCUACGAACAUUGACAUCCUGUAGUAUCUUUUGUAUCGAUAUCCUGCCCUGCAUGUGAACAACUAGCUUGUAUUUAUUGUAAAUUUACAAAUUCAUUGUUAUCAUUAAAAAAAAUAAAGAUGUUUUGUGGUGGAGCAAAAAGUAAAAAACAUGUUUAUAUGUGUUUAUAAGACUUUAAAUUUCUUCUCUAACUGCUUUUUGUGAUGUUUCUCUCACUGUUCCCCUGGUUGCUGAGAGAGAGGCUCUUCUCUGUGCUCCGUCCUCCAGCCUGCCUCUGCUUUCAGAGAGACGAGACCUCCAGAACAGCCCCUUAUCCAGGUCACUCCUACAGGCAUGUUUAGCUCCAACAUAGCAACACAGAGAUGAUCAGUAUUAGCCAAGAUGAUACUGAUAACAUUCCAGUUCAGUAUGUUCUCCCCAUAUUGUAUUGUAUGUUCUCAUUUAAUGUGGUCAAAUGUUGCUUGCUGGUAUUUAGGAGCUUGAGACAGAGCAGCUGAAAUGCUGUAUAUAAAUAUGUAUUUUUAACACCACAAUAUAGAUGACAUAACAUAAAAUACAAUGUCAGUUACUUCCAAUAUCAUGCAGCCCUAAUAAGUAUAUACAUCAUUGUGGGAUAUUGCAGCAAGGUGUGUACAAAAGUUGUGAAAGAAACCACAAGGAAAAAUAUUUAUAUUAAAAUAUUAAAUAUUAUAUAUUAAAAUAUUUUUCUAUUUGUCUAGCCCUGAUAGAGCAUUUACUAUGAUCAGAAAAAAAAGACAAGACUAGGUCGGUUUUGUGGUUGGAUUCCAGGAUUUUUUCCACAUUAGGUAAAUGAUUCCGGUUUCAUGCUAAACAUUCAUAAGGUAUAAUCAGAACCAUUUCAGAAUAAAAAAAUACAGAUAUAUGGUAAAAAGCUGACUAAAUUAAACCCAGUUCCAUAUUGAUCCUUGUUUCAUUUUGCUAAUCCAUAUGAUGUUACCUUUUAGAGUAGUAUCUUCUGAGUGAAAGCUGUCAGCUUUAAAAAGUUGAGUAAACAAAUGGGAAGGCAGAUGUUUUAUGUUUUGCUUCAGGAAUGUAUAAAGACCCUUUUACACAAAGUACAAAUCUUCAGAUUUAAAAAAUGGAUCCUAUUUUCAACAUAGAGACUAGAAACUCCACAGCUUAGCAGAGCUCAGCAGACAUUGGUCAGCCUGAUGUAAUAUGUCAUAAAUAUAUUAAUAUUGUAUAUUUAUUGUAUAAAACAUAAUUAUGCACUUGUUUUCAUUUGUAAAAAUUUUUUUCUUUAAUCUGAAAGAAUUAGACUUGGUGUGAAAGGGCUUUUAACUCUUACUUGUAACCACACUGAAGGAAGAUACUGGUCUAUUUGUUCUCUGUAUUUUAGGGGCUGCCCAUUAGAGAAGACUCUUAAAGGGAACCACACCUGAACAAAGGUUUCUGUUUUAGAAAGAGAUUUGUUUUUAAAAAAUGUGAUUUGUUUUACUUACAAUUAACAAAGUAUAGAUCUUUUACACUGUGGAGAAAAAAGACCUCCAGUUUGUUGUUCUUAACACUGAUUUAUCAGUCAUUAAGGAGAGGAAUAGAACACUGUUCUUCAGGUUUAAGCAUAGGUGCACAGGUGCAUAAGGUUAUAAACAAAGUGCCAUAAGCACUUUACUAGAACUAGCUGAGUAAUAAUAAAUGGUGCUUCAGAUGAAGAAUGCUGACUGUUCUGAAAAACGCAGUGUGUAAUACCUGCAACCUGCAGAAGCUCUUACAAAAGUUUAUUUCAUUUCAAGUCUCAAGAUAUAAAAUAUAUUUUCUGAGAAAUAUUAUAAUUUGGCGGUAUGAAGCCAAACUGAACAACAGAAAGGUAAUAUUGUUAUUUAUUAACUGAUAUAAAUGUGUGCAUGUUUAUCUGUGAUCUCCUGCACUAACUUCUGGUUCUUUAUUUUAGGGUAAGUCGACAGUUGCUUCCUGAUCCAAUCACUGUAGCAAAACCCUUGGUUGAAAGAUAUCCUGACUGCCUGCCCACAGCACUGAUGAAGGCCCAUUUAAAAUAGUUUUUAACCACAUUCUGCCAGAGGAGACCCUCUGGAAAUGUUUAAAAACUGCAUCUCAGUCAUGAUCAUUUCUGACAUUUAUGAUGUACAGUGUGAAAAUGUUCUACAAUAAUAAAAAAUAAGAUGAAACAA